CCUUCACAGAGAGAAACAAGCAAAGAGGCAUGGCACGUCUUAAUCUGAAUCUACUGCUGUUGCUGAUUCUACUCGUGCUUUCAUCAGGGCCAAAAAUGAUGGAGAGUCUGAGAGUCUUCACCAUAACUAAUUAUUGCAAAGAAACGGUAUGGCCGGGUAUCUUCCCAGGUGAGAACUUCAAUGGUGGUGGAUUUGAGUUGAAACCAGGCCAAUCUAGUGUUUUAAAUGCUCCGGUUGGCUGGAGUGGCCGGAUAUGGGGUAGAACAGGCUGUAGUUUUGACAAAAAUGGGAACGGUACAUGCAAGACUGGGACCUGUGGUUCAUUCCUGAAAUGCAGGGCCUCAGGUGAAACCCCUGCCUCACUUGCUGAAUUUACCCUAACAACACUCGACUUUUACGAUGUUAGCCUUGUCGACGGGUUUAACUUGCCGAUAGCUGUUACGCCGAUCAAUGGUAAAGGAAAUUGCAGUGUUGCUGGCUGUGAUGCAGAUUUGAGGGAUACUUGCCCUUCAGAGCUGGCUGUUAAGUCCAAGGGAAAGGUCAUCGCUUGUCGAAGCGCUUGUGAUGUGUUCAACACGGAUGAAUAUUGUUGCAGGGGACUUUAUGGAAACCCUAGGGUGUGCCAACCUACAUUUUAUUCAAAGAAGUUCAAAGAAGCUUGCCCCACUGCUUAUAGCUAUGCAUAUGAUGAUCCUACCAGUAUUUGUACGUGCGCAGGAACAGAUUAUGUCAUCACCUUUUGCUCAUCCAGGAAGCGAGAGGCUUGCACCUACCAUAAUAACAAGCUUAUUUGCAGUGGAUCAAGAGGCUUAAAAUCACUGAUUGAGAGAUGGUGGGCUCUCGUUUUCGUAUUGCCACUGUUACUUGCCUUCUGAUAAUGGAUUCUAAGCAAGAAGAACACGUUUUCUGUCUUUGAAGCCUCAUUUUUUAUGAGCUUCACCUUGUACAAUUUUAAUACCGAUUUAAUCUUCUCUUCGCGAGAGGAAGUAUUUCCGAAUUGAAUGUAAAUACAGAUUUGCUCAUCCUAUUUAUUUCAGCUUAAUUU